UUCCGCUGAAUGCUGCUAGCUUUACAUGCGGAUCUUUUUUUCAGUUUAACGGAUCCAGGUUGGAUCAAAGUUCCGAGAUUCUCCCGCAGACUGAGUCCAGAACCGGACCAGAACUACUUCUACGGACCAGAACCGCCUUGUUCCGUGUUCCGGUCCCAAAGUCCGGGGACGCUGAAGUCUCCUCGCCGCCGAUGCUAACGUCUCUUUAACCGUCCAGCCGUUAGGUUCCGUUGGUCCAAACAUGGAGACGAACAUCACCCUGUUCGAGCUGCUCAAUCUGUCCAUCGGUUCCCCUCACAAAGGUACGGUGAACUUCCACGCCCUCCACGCGCUGCUGCUGGAGAUGCUGAAGCUGCUGGACCUGCGGGAGGCCACGACCCUCUUUAAGUUCAGCCCUCCCGGGGACCGAGUGCCCGACGCCCCGCUGGCUGCUCCGGUGAUGGUUCUGACCCACCCCUCCGUGUCGGACCAGCUGGUUCCGCUCAGUUCCGACCUACAGAAACUGACAGACUCGGUCUCUGUUCUGGAUGGAACCGGAGGGGACGACCUCCGAACCUCCGGGGACGGAGUGUCACAGGCCUUGAAUCUCAUCGAGGAGCUGCAGAAGAACAGAGACGAUAUGAAGCAGAAGACGGAGCAUCUGCAGUCCAAGGCCUCGAACAUCAUUGAAGACCUGCAGAGAAACAGCGCAAAUCUGAGGGAGAAGGCAGAGGAGUUGCAGCACAAGGCCUUGAAGGUCAUCGAGCAGCUGCAGGACAGCAAAGAUCUGAAGGAGAAGACCGAUGACAUGCAGCACAAGAUGGAGGUGCAGGCAGGUCUGGAGAACUGCUGCCAACGUCUGGACGUCCUGGACAAGGCAGUGGAAUCCAUACAGGAACUCUUCCAGAUGUAUCCGGACCCAGAGGAGCUCAACCAAUGUGUGACCUGGGUCCAGUUGGUUGAGAAGGACAUGGAGGUUGAUGAGAAACUGGUGACUUCAGAGGUUCUGGACCAGCCCUGGUUGGUAGAACAGACUGGACCUGACCCUUCAGCGCCGUCCUCUGGUGUCCCGGCGCCAUCAACUGGUGUACCGGUGCUAUACUCAUGUGACAAUGAGCCGUCCUCCGCUGCAACUGCGCCGACCUCUGGCACUUCUGUGCCAGCCUCUGGUGUACCAGUUCCAUCCCCAGGUGCCUCUGCACCAUCCUCUCAUCUCUCAGCGCCAUCUUCUGGUACCUCUGCAGCAUUUGCCGAUGCCUCUGCACUGUCCUCCCAUCCCACAGCACCGUUUUCCGGUGCCUCUGCGCCGUCCUCUGGUGCCUCUUCACCAUCCUCUGGUGUCUCAGUGCCGUUGUCUGGUGGUCCCCUUCACCCAGAGAGCUCCCCCCCGUCUGCUGCUCCAUCUUUUCCAAGCAUCUCUGCCAAGGAUCGGUCCUUGGAAGCAGCAGCAGACUCCACUCAAGCCUCCUCUGAUGGGUCUGAAGGCGGAACAAUAGCUGGGGACCGGGGCAGAGCCACAGAACCACAACCUGUGACCUCAUCUGUCCUUCCAGGGUCCACCCCAGAGACUGUACCACAAGCUGGAGCACAAGAUGGAGCACAAGCUGGAGCACAACCUGGAGCACAAGCUGGAGCACAAGCUGGAGCACAAGAUGGAGCACAAGCUGGAGCACAAGCUGGAGCACAAGCUGGAGCACAAGCUGGAGCACAAGCUGGAGCACAAGCUGGAGCACAAGAUGGAGCACAAGAUGGAGCACAAGCUGGAGCACAAGCUGGAGCACAAGCUGGAGCACAAGCUGGAGCACAAGAUGGAGCACAAGAUGGAGCACAAGCUGGAACACAACCUGGAACACAACCUGGGGCACAACCUGCUAAGGUGGCCUCCAGCAUCACUCCUGCGUCUUCUGCAGGGAUUCGUGGAGAUCUGAAGAGACCCUCGGAAUCUGCUAUGAGUAAGACCUACAUCCUGCAGAUGGAGGAGUUUUUGAAGAACAUCAGGAAGUUACAGGAGAGGGUCACCCAGCUAGAGGCCCAGACAAGGAUUCUGGAGGAGGAGAAGGUGGACUGGACUGGGUUGGCCCAGUUUAUCAGCUCCAGAGGUUCUCUUGACGUCCCUGGCGGCAGCACGGCAGAUCAGGUGCAGCAGCACCAAGCUCUGAUGGAGAACCUGAAGACCGAAGACAAGCUGGAGCAUCUGGAGGACAUGUUGGACAACCUCAGGAGCCAGGAGACGGGCAGCAGCGCAGCAGGAGCGGCAGAUCAUCCUGAUCCAGGGAUUAAAGAUCUCACUCAGCAGGUGUCUGACCUCAGGUCUUCCCUGGUCCAGGUGGAGCAGGAGGUGGAGCUCCUGAAGGAGAAACAGGCUCAGAGUGAGGAGAGAGCUGCAGACCAUCUGCAGGACCAGCUGAACGACCUGCGGGGGACGUUGGAGGACACCAUUGUGUCUCUGUCGUCCCAGCUGUCCAGCAGCCUCCAGCAGGAGGUGGAGAAGAAGACGGAGGAGGCGGAAGAGGAGGAGGCGGAAGAGGAGGAGGCGGAAGAGGAGGAGGCGGAAGAGGAGGAGGCAGAAGAGGAGGAGGAGGCAUUCAGCAGCUCGGUGGAGGUGGGCCGGAAGCUCAGCCUGCUGUUCCAGAACUAUGAGCAGCUGGAAGACACGGUCAACCUGCUGGUCCAGCAGCAGCAGCAGGGCUCAGCUAGGGACGGCCUGGACGAGGACCGAGACAUGGGCAGGAGCCUGGACCUGGUGUACGACGUCCAGAGGGCCAUCCAGGAACUGCAGGCUGAGUGCGAACGCCUGCAGGAGGCAACCAGGAGUCUGCAUGAGGACAACCAGCAGAAGCAGGGACACAUCGAGGAGCUCUACAAGACGGCAGAGGAGCUGCAGGUGAAAAAGGCCGACAAGCUGAUGGUGGAGAGCGAGAUUAAAGCGGACAAGCUGGCCCUGGACAGCAAGGUGAGCCGUCUUCAGUUUGACGCGGCGACGGAGCAGCUGACCUCCAUGUUCCAUGAGCUGCUCAACAAGAUGACGGGUCAGGAGCACGACUGGCACCAGCUGGUGGACAAGCUGUCCACCGACAUGGAGUGCAAGCUGAACCGAAUGGAGUUGGACUCGGUGAAGCUGCAGCUGGAGGAGCGCUGGCGCAGCAUCCUGAAGAAGCUGCAGACGCAGAGCGCGCCGCUGGAGGACGACGCCGCCGGCAUCAGGAAGAAGCUGCUGGAGCGGUUCCAAUGCCUGUCCUGUGACCGCGUCAUCAUGAAGCAGACCCCCGGCCCCAUCGUGCAGACGCUGCCGAUGUUCCCUCCCUUCCCCGCGCCGAAGUCCGCCCGGCCCUGGACCAUGGAUCAGAUCCGCCAACACUACCGCAGCCUGACGCCCGGAACCAGCCAGCGCCGGGUCCAGCUGCAGAAGAACCACGCCGACAUGCUGCGGCAGCUAGACAGCAUCGAGCGCCAGCGCCGCCUCCGCCAGCGCCCCAACCGGGUCGCCGAGUCGCCAGCCCGACCAGCCGGAGUGCCGCACGCCAGCACGUCUGCGGGUCAGCGCCGCAGCGGCCCCCAGCACCACCGACUGCCGACCCAGGCCGAGGGCGUGGACCUGAUGCAGGAAGCCGACAUCAUCGGACGAGACGGGCGGAUCUACAAAGGACGCUUCAACAUCGGCCAGCUGAAGAGCACAGAAACCAAGUUGCCCAACAUCGUCUCCAGAGACGGUAAACUGAAGGAGAGGACCAGGAGCGCCCCCAAAGCCCCCGCUGCGUCUCCGGAGGCGGAGCCUAGCCCUCUGGCCACGCCCCCGUCUCUCAGCACCAAAAGCCUGCAGCCCAGCCAACCAGCCUCCAGCGGUUCUGGUCCGGACUGGGCCGUGUCGGCCGUGUCGCCUCUGGGCUCCGUCAGUCCGCUGUCAGCAGCAGAGAGCGAGCCGCUCGGCCUGUAGGGGGCGGCGCUGAGCCGAAGCGCUGCUGCUAAUAUUUUCAGAUCAGUUCAGGAAUAAAGCUCACUGAACACA